AUGUCAGUAAGAAAAACAUAUGAUGUACUAGCAAAUAUUUUUCCACCUGACAUUAUGACAAAAAUUAAUGAAAUUAUUGAUGAAAUCCAGUUUGAAGAAAAAAGUAUUAAAUAUUGGGGGCAUUGCAAAAAAUUACAGGCAUUAAUUAAUAAUAGAGAUAAACAACAACAGAAAAAAAAUAAUAAACAUUAUCUUUUAUAUACUAAUUCAACUGAGCCGAUGAUAAAUACAACUGAUAAAAACACAACUGAACCAAAAAUAGUAUGGAAUUUCUCGAAUCGCAAUUUAACUGAAGAAGAGCUUCGUGUAUUAGAAAAAGGAAUGUCUUACAACCGUUCUUGCACAAUUAAUCGCUCUAAAGUAAUCUCCAAUGUUGAAUAUUUAUUCCACCAGGCUUCUAAAAUUCGAAAAGAAUCAAUUGAUUUUAAAAAAUGGGAUGAAGAUCCUGAUGACAUUGCAAAUAAAGAAAUUCGAGUUUUAGAACCAAAACAACUAUCUCUCGCAGCAGAUUUAAAAAAUGCAACAGAAAAAUUCUUCCAACAUGCACAAAUGUCAAUUAAGAUGAGAAAAGAUAAAAAUUUAAAUGGAAAUAAUGAUGACAAAAUAUUAUUAAAGUUAUCCAAAGAUCUAUCUAUUUUAAUUACUAAACCUGAUAAAGGUCGUGGUGUCGUAAUACUUGAUCGUAAUGAUUAUAUUGAAAAAUUAGAAAAAAU